AUGGCAAGCGACCCUGAUGAAGCUGUUCUGCACGCGGUGACAGCCAUCGAGCUUAGCGAUGACGAAAACGAGGCAAGUGACGAUGGAUAUGCCUCGGAUAUUGAGCCAACCAUCUCGUCGUCACUCGUUUCAAGUGUUUGCGACUACGUUUUUGAACAUGGGCGCAGGUUCCAUAAGUUUCACGAGGGCGCGUAUCUCUUUCCAAACGACGAGUUGGAGCAGGAGCGGGAAGACAUGAAGCAUUCUAUGAUUGUCAACCUGUGCGGGGGAAAGUUGCAUUACGCGCCUCUUGAGAGUCCACAUAGGAUUAUUGACAUAGGAACCGGGACAGGCGUGUGGGCGAUUGAUAUGGGUGAUCAAUACCCCGGCGCCAGUGUCCUGGGCAUCGAUUUAAGCCCCAUACAACCAGUCUGGGUUCCUCCAAAUGUGAGAUUUAUGGUCGAUGAUGCGGAAUGCCCGUGGCUCCAGCCAGAUAAUCACUUCGAUUUCAUCCAUAUUCGGCAUCUUGCCGCAGCAAUCAAGAAUUUUCCGAAACUCAUUAGAACUGCAUAUAGUAAACUGCGACCAGGAGGAUGGAUUGAAAUUCAAGAACUUUAUUAUCAAGCCCAAUGCGACGAUGACACCAUUCCAGACGACUACGCAUUUGCGCACUGGCUCCGUCUCAUGAGAGAAGGACUUGCCAAAUUCAACGUUGAUCUCCUCUCCCCGAGAAAACACUCAAAUUACAUCCGUGACGCCGGCUUUACGAAUAUCAACGAGCAAACGUUCAAAGUGCCCAUCGGCACUUGGCCGAAAAGCAAACCGCUAAAGAGAAUCGGCUUCUAUCAUCGCUGUCUGAUCAGUGAUGGGUUGCAAGGCGAUAGCAUGAAGCCCUUUACAAAAGCACUUGGCUGGACAUUGGAGGAGGUGGAAGUCUUCAAUGUCGAAGUAAGGAAGUCGGUGGAGGAUUCCUCGAUCCAUUCGUAUCUUCCGUUCCAUGUGGUGUUUGCGCGGAAACCUCCUCCUCCUCUAUUGACGGAUUCAGCGGGUUGA